AUGGACAAGUCAAUGGCCUUGGACCUGACCCGGGAGGUGUCUGCUCCGUCAGACUCUGUUGGCGUUCCGGCGAAGGAGUACACUUUAGAUAUCCCACGAUUGCCGAGUGUGGAACUUCCUUUGAAGGUGUCAGGAUCGCAGGAGAGUGUAGUCAAGGCCGUCCAGAUGUGUGGGGGGCUCACCAAGGUCAAAAAAGCUCUGAAUGCGCAUAAAGAUACCCCGGAGGGCUUAGAGCUUCGUUUGAAUGACGACAACAAACGCGAUGGCCCGAACACCUUUUUUAACGAGCAUCCGAUCAUUGGACGACUUGUACCGCAACGGGACGAAUCCAUCGUCAUGAAGGUCUCACUUCCGCAAGGAACGCUUCAGGCGUGCGGUGGAAACCUCCAGAAGGCAAUUGCUUCGGUGCCGCCAAACAAGUCUAAGAUUGUUCCUGUAGGAAUUGUGAAUAACACCAUCCGAUUCCGGGAGAUGUCAGAUUUUCAAGUACGAAUUGACAAUGUGCCGUCUGCGUGCGAGUUCAACGAGAGCCUCGGGUCUCUGGAGUGGGAACGCAUUCAGCAGUAUGUUCAGAGCAUCCCGGACCAGGACACCAGACCCUUUGAGAAUAUAAACAAUCUCGUAGUAGAUCGUACCUCGCAAAUUCCAAGCUCAGACUUUCAACUACCUCCUCCUCCACGAUUUUCGAUGGUCAACAUUCCCUUCGUUUACAGAUUUCGCGCCAAUCCCUACGCUACGAAAUCCUCGAGCGGUGAGUCUACCGUACGGGGCACGUAUCUCAAAAACUAUCAGCAACUUGUGCACAGCUUUGGCGAUGAAGCAGAAAUUCCGUUAGCUGCACACCCAUCGUUGCAAGAGGACUACCAGAAAGCGCAAGAAACUGGCGUAUAUCCGGGAAGCAAUAAAGACUCCAAAUUUUACGAAAAACUGGACCAAUGCCUAUCUAUUUUGCAUGAAGCAUUUGCAAAACGUCCAAUAUGGGUCAAGCGUCACAUUGAUGGGCUCAUACCGCAAGACCUCCAUGUAUCUCUGAAAAUCGCUUUAUCGUUGGUAUCAUAUCGAUUUACAAAAGGUCCUUGGAGAAACACAUACAUCAAAUUUGGUGUUGAUCCCAGAACUUCUGCAGAAUAUGCGAAAUAUCAAACAGAAUAUUUCAAGGUCGAAGGUAAGCUUCAAAAAUCUUUGCUGGCGGCCAAAAACAUACCGCAGCCGCCAGCAAAGUACUACGUGAGCAACAAGCCUGGGGACAUCGAUAGUCGAUUUUAUUUUGACGGUGCACAAGUACCUUGGUACCUUAUGCUGCAGAUCGACCUUCUUUCUCAUGAGCCUAACAUCGCAGAGGUUUGUGCCUCGGUAACCUAUUUGAAAAAGCCUACCGAACUGACCGGAUGGUUUCAAGAGCUCGACUUGACCAAGAUACGGAAAAUUGUCAAGUAUGAACUGGGUUGUCUUGUCCAGGGCAAUACCCAAUUCAGUGAGUAUAAGCUCAAGUUUUUCAAAAGCAUGCUUUACACAAAGGAGUCUAUGAUGAACAAGGAAUCGAGUGCUGACGCGGACGGUGAUGUGUCGAUGGCAGACUUUGAAGAUGUAGGUGGAAAAAUUGACAAAGCCCAAACCAAGGAGCAGGGAAACAAGCUACAAGACGACGACGUUGAUGAUAAUGAUGAUGAAGAUGAGAAUGAUGAUGAUGACGACAAUGGUGUUGAGUCUGGGGAACCGGAUGACGUGGUUUUGGAGCAGGAAGAAAAUGACAUGGAUGAUGAGGAUUUCGAAGCACAACCGCAAAAAUCAGAGUUUGGGCGCAAUGAAUCCAAUGGCCAUGAUCAAAUAAACCCUGCUUUUGACAUCACCACUGCCAGUUUCGAAGAUAUCAUUUCACAGAUAAGUCAACGGGAUUCUGUAACGGCUGCGAAACUUCGGAAAAAUCUUGAUGGAUUUAUUUUCGAGUCUGAACUUUGA